GAGAAGGAGGAGUGGAGUUUGGAUGCUUCGGUCGAGCUGGGCUGCCGCUUUUUCCCCUCUCGAACUCAGCACAAGUUCUCCAACCAAGUUUCACUGAAAGAAGUCGUAGAAUGGCUGGAAGAGGAAUGGAGCUUUCGCCUCGCCGGUUCUGCUGUGUACUGUUGAGCCUCUUCGCAGGUUUGGCCUCCGGUCUAGAGAUCACAUCCUCGGUGCCGACGUCCAUAGAGAAGGCCAGCGGUCAGAGCGUGAAGCUGGACUGCCAGUUCACCCUGGGCCCCCAAGAUUCUGGCCCGCUUGAUAUCGAAUGGAGCUUGCUGUCCUCCGACAACCAGAAGGAAGACAAAGUGGUGAUCCUGUACUCAGGCGACAGGUCCUACGAGGACUACUACGAACCGAUGAAGGGCCGCGUCCACUUCAACUCCGCCGACCCCAAGAACGGCGACGCCUCCAUCAACCUGACGGGGCUUAAGUCGUUGGACUCGGGCACUUACCUGUGUAAAGUGAAGAAGGCUCCCGGUAUCCGCAGCAGGAAGAUGCUGCUGAUCGUCAUGGUGAAGCCAUCCAAGCCCAGGUGCUACGCCGAAGGCCCCAUGCUGGAAGGCAAAGACAUCGUGCUGAGGUGCAUAUCUAACGAGGGAACCAAACCGCUGCAAUACAGCUGGGAGAAGACCAGCGACGGCAAGGUGCUGCCCAGCUCCGCUGUGAUGGAUCCAAUGGGAGGCACCAUUAACGUGAGGAACGCAUCUGCCAGCGCAUCUGGCACCUACCGCUGCACUGCCAGGAACCGCGUCGGCGCUGAGGAAUGUGUACUGUAUCUCAACGUGACGCCUCCCCCCAACACUGCAGGCAUCAUCGCAGGGUCCAUAAUUGCUGUGCUCCUGAUCCUCCUCAUCAUUGCCUUCAUCCUCUUCUGCUGUUGCCGCACCCGUCACAGGAAGAAGUACGAGAAGGAAAUCUGCAACGAGAUAAGAGAGGAUGUGCCUCCUCCGAAGAGUCGUGCCUCAACGGCGCGCAGCUUCACCGUGGGCAGCCAGCGCUCCUCCCUGGGCUCCAUGUCGCCCUCCAACCUGCACGAGUACGCCCUGAAGCCCCAGUACGACAAGAUUCCCUCAUCAGAGGACUUUGAGAGGCCUCCAAGCCGCGCCCCUCUGCCCCCGCCCAACGGUCCUGCCAGGAUGGCCGGCCCCAACCUCAGCCGCAUGGGGGCCAUCCCCGUCAUGAUCCCUGCCCAGAACAGGGAGGGCUCCAUCGUCUAGCCUGUCCGCUUCUCGAGGAGGGGAGGUAUGACACAAGCCAAUGAAGACGGCGCUGGGUAGACUGACUCGCCUGACUAUUAGCUCCUCGUUAUUUACAAGUCGGAGUAUACUCCUCUUAUAAAGGCCUGGUUCUGCUACGGUACUGAGAAGAGAAAUUGAGUUGUACUGGAAUCAUUACAGAGCACAUUAACUUUUUAUCAAAUACAAAAAACUUCUAUGAAUUUUACUUCCUGGACUUUCUCACUGAAACAUUAAUCGGUGUGGAUAUAAAGCAGACUGGUCAACAUACAAAUGUCAUUGUACAUAGUGAAUGCAUGUUUUUUUUUUAUAUAUAUAGAUGACCCUUGCUGUAGAGACAUUGUAUGUUCAAAACAGACCCAGGCCCCUAAGUGUCCAGCUAUACAGCUGUAUGCACACACCUGCAGCUGAAUGUGUGUAUGUGAAUAUAAGUGUAUGUUUGUGAAUGAGUGUAUGGAAAAUGUAUAGUUAAUUUCUCAUCUUUUAAUGCCCACAUAUGAUCAUCUUGUCAGGCAAUCCAGUCUCUGCUCGUUUCUGACAUUUUUUUAAUUCCAUGAAUUGAUUUUCAAACUAUCUUCUGACCUUUUGGAACAUUUGUAAAAACGACUUAUUUAGAAGGACAUUCACAGAUUUCUUUAAGUAAGUAUUUAGGUCAGCAGGUUUUCUGUUUAACAGUUUGCUGUUUGAAUUGUCCAUUCUGGGUUGGGGGGGGGGGGGCUGAAGCGGACAGGAUUGGCUGGCGUGGAGGGGGAGGCUCAGGCCGCCACACAUUGUGACCGGGUGGAUUAUUGCCUCUUGACUGAGAUUAAAAAGACUGUCAUUCCUCCUUUUUUAGAGGAGGUAGCAUAUAGGGGGGGAUGGGUGGGGGGGGCAGCUAGGUUCACUGAGCAAUCUGCUUUGAUUGUUUGAUGACCAACAGGCCCCUAACCCCUGUGGCCUCCCCGACACAAACUAGCAGGACACGAGCACCAGGUCUUCAUCCCCCCCCCACCAGAUGUCCAGCAUAUGUGAUCCUCCUCAUUUGCAGUCACAUUGCAAGGAGCCAAUAUCGUGAUUAACCUUCUCUCUUCUUCCCUUCGUGGCUUCUGUGGCAUUAGUUAGACUUUUUAAAUGAAGGAUGUGAAGCCUGCCUCCACCAAGGCCACAAAGGGGAACACGUGAGAGAAGCCGUAGCUGAAUGGCGCCGCUGAUUCCACUUCACAACCAUUCGGUUGGAGUUCAUUGUGCAAGCUCAGUGCUGGAUGACGUAAAUGUCCAGUCAGUCGGUGUCGGGGAGUUGCCACAGGUCAGUCCUUCCAGUGUGUGGGUUAUUCUUCUCUUAAACCGAGCACAAAUAAUGAUGUUUGGAAGCCCAACAUCUCAUCUUGUCUGCGACCAAAACAACAACAACAACAAAAAACCAGUAUGAACACUUGGAGUGGGCAAACGGUUUAUUUUUGCUCCGACGCCUUAUGCUGCUCUCCUGCAGCCUCCCCCCCCCCCCCCCACACACACACACACACACACACUCAGUUCACCUCCGCAAACCCUCACAGCUGGGUUCUAAUAACUUCUAUUGUGCCUUGUCGCCCCAGUUGAGUUGAGUUGUCGUAGCACCUACGCCAAUGUGCAUCGCCCCGGAUGGCCAUCGUAGCCCACAGCCACGAGCACCAUAUAAUAAUUGGUACACGUGGCCUACUGAUUGCUUUCUGUUGCCUCGGUCACUUCCAAGUCCAGGACUUCCCACACCGCAUACUAAUCCCCCCGUAGCUUAACGAACCCUCUAUCACCGUCUUAAAGCUUUUGAUUUUGUACUCCACAACAUGAUGUCAUGUUUUUUAAUUUUUUUAAAUUCUAUUCAAGAUAAAGUAAAUGUAUGCUUUAAAGAAAAAAUAAUAAUAAUUUCGUUUCUGGCUGAGUAACUAUCCUGUUGGGUCAACCGAUGUAAUCACAACAUGAUAUAAAGAAGAUGUUUUUAUGUAUUCGUGUGCGCUGCCGUGCUGUGCUUGGCCAGUCUAUCGAGAAGAGAAGAGGGUCUCUAGUUAGUCCAGUAUGAAGGCUCCCUAGUGUGAGUACAAUCUCCUGGCAUGUAUGUGUGUUGUAAGUCUUUUUUGUGUGGGUCCUGGGAUCUAAGGGGAGUUGACAGAUGUUGAACAUCUCGGGCCCUGUACUUCCUGGCAGAUUUGUUGUUGCACCUAUAUUCUAACACCAAGGAAAGUAAGACCCGGACCUGCUGAGACUAAGAAAUGACAUCUGUCGGUUCCUCUUAAAUGUGUGUGUGUGUGUGUGUGUGUGAGAGGGAGUGUGUGUGUACCGAACAUGAAGGACGUUUGCUGUCAGGAUGUGCCCCUGUAGAAUUCUAGUUUUACCUGCUGAAAAAACUGUCCAGAGCUCUCAGGGGGACGGUCCCGUCUGUCCCCCCAUGUGCUCAGAACAUUAACUACUUACAAAUAUUCACUGUAGCUUGGAAGUCGGCGUACUAAUAUUGUAUCAAUAUCUCUUUUUGAGGUUUGCACACUGUGUGAAAACCAUUUUCUUUCUUAUUUUUUUCCUUUUGUGUGUAUUUUUUUGUGCUGUAUUUUUGAAUAAUAAAAGUCCAUGAAAUCAAAAUUG